UUGCUUCUUCUACUUGUUUAGUUGCAAAUUAACCAAAACAAGGUCUUUUUCUGCCAAUUUGUGUAAGACGCUCAUCAACUUACCAACCAUGUUGUUUUUCUUCACAACUCUUUUGUGCUUUGGGUUUAUUCAGUCUUCAAAAGCUGUAGAGAUUGGAAGGAAACCAGUGUUUGAUAUAUCUUCUACUCCAUCUAGAAAUAUUUUUCUUGAUGCUGUAAAUCUAACAUCCAAUGAAGCCCGUCACUCACUGAAGAUCGUGAACGGCCAGGCCGCAGUGAGAGGACAGUUCUGCUACCAGGUGUAUCUACAGUUCAGUGACGGCCGCAACAGCUGGUCUUGCGGUGGAUCUCUGGUCUCGUCUCAGACCAUCCUCACAGCAGCACAUUGCGUCCAGGGGGCAAAGUCAGCUGUGGCAGUUCUAGGAGGCUUAGACCUGAGCCAGUAUUACGAGCCUGGGCGACAAGUAAUUAGGGUUUACUCUUCCGGUCUGCAAUACCACGAGAAGUACGAUUCAAACAGCAUCCACAAUGACAUUGGCAUUGUCAAACUUCCGAGAGCAGUCACACUCAAUGAAUACAUUUGCACUGUCAAACUGCCCAGCUGUUCUAAUGAACUGACAGCUGACUCGGACAAUAAGAAUAACUUCACUGUCUCUGGUUGGGGGAAGACAUCGAACAAAAAGACAACAUCGAAGCUGAUGUACGUUGUAGUGUCAGGGGAGCCUCAAGACUCUUGCACUACUUUUUUCAAGACAGUGGCUAAAUACGACGUCAUAGAGAGUCAACUGUGCACUAGUGGAGCUGGGGGGAAGAGCACUUGUAAUGGAGACAGUGGCGGUCCGCUAGUACAGACCGACGGUUCAGGUAAUCUCGUCCAACAAGGCAUCGUCUCCCUAGGACUCAGCUCUUGCGAGCUCAGUGCACCGAGUGUGUUUACCGAUGUAAGCUAACUUAUGGCUAAACUUUCUGUGACAGGGAGACAGUGGCGGUCCGCUAGUACAGACCGACGGUUCAGGUAAUCUCGUCCAACAAGGCAUCGUCUCCCUAGGACUCAGCUCUUGCGAGCUCAGCGCACCGAGUGUGUUUACCGAUGUACGCUACUUCGGUGACUGGCUCUGCCCCAAGUUGUGAAUGUUGUAAACUUCUGUGUUACUGUCUUACUGUGUAUAUUUAAUCAAUUUAAGAAGUAAAAAAUUUUAAAUAAAGUACAGUAUUGCUGAAC